AUGGAAAGGCAGAAGCUGCAACGGCAGCCAAGAAGGCCGUCGCAUGGGAAGAAAAGGGCGCAUCGAUACAACGCUCCUGCGCAGUGCACUUUGUCCCCGUGGUAUUGUCUCCUGCAGCUAUGGGCUACGAGGCCAGCAGAUCCUUUAAAGAUGGCAUGUGCCUCAAAAACAGACGAGGACUUCAUGCGAUUGGCUUUGGAAGAAGCCAGGGCUGCCAUGCUGGAGGGAGAGGUGCCUGUUGGGUGCAUCUUGGUGAGUCAAACCGGAGAUGUGCUUGCACGUGCGGGCAACGAGACGAACCGCUCCCGGAAUGGCACGCGCCACUGUGAGUUUGUGGCCUCUGAGAAGGUGCUUCGGCAGGCAGAUGGGCCAGCACUUCUUCGAAAUAGCACACUAUACGUGACUCUGGAGCCCUGCAUCAUGUGCGCCGCAGCUCUCCAGUAUCUCGGCAUCCCGGAAGUCGUGUUUGGCUCCGCGAAUGUUCGCUUCGGUGGAUGUGGCGGCGUUUGCGAUAUUCACAAGAUGAAGGUGCCGAAAUCAGGCCCGCGCGGGGGUGCUGAUGCAGCGCGAGAAGCCCUUCCUGGUUUUGCAUGCCGGGGCGGCGUGCUGGCUGAGGAGGCUGUUGAGGUGCUUCGAGAGUUUUAUGCCACCGGCAACCCCAAUGCCCCUGAAGCGAAGCGACAUCGACCGCUCCCGAAUGCUUCGACGUGA